AUGCCGCGGUAUGAGCUGUGUUUGAUCCUGAAGGCGAUGCAGAGGCCGGAGAUUGCGGCUGUCCUGCGGCGCACGGUGGAGACUCUGUUCGAGCGGGGCGCGAUCGUGAGAGGUCUGGAGAACCUCGGUGAACGGAGGCUGCCCUACAAGAUCUCCAAACAUGACUGUCGACACUCACAGGGUGGAUACUUCUCCAUUGACUUUCACUCUUCGCCCAAUAUCAUUAGCGGCCUGUUAGAGUACCUUGAACGGGACAUUGACGUUUUGCGGCCGACAGUUCUUAAGAAAGACAUUGAGAUUUCCAAAACACAGUGCUGUGGCUCAUCUCCAGAGAAAACCAAGCAAGCCUCAUUGCAUUAA